AUGAGCGAAUCCCAAAGUUUAACAAGACAUUAUGAUGUACUUCUACAUAUGUGCAAUGAUUAUAUAGAUACAUUUAAUUCUCUUUACAGUAUUAAAUCAAAUACAGAAGAAAAAAUUAAUCAGAUUUAUGAAAAGAUUAAAAAUAAUUUACUUGAAAACAAAUUAUUUUCACCAGAAGAUAUUUACGAUCAAAUUCAAAUAGUAUGCAUUUAUAGGAUAGGUUAUUUAAGAGCAUAUUGGGAAAUAUUCAAAAAGAUUUACAACGAAUAUGGCAUUAAUCAUGAUUUUGAUAUUGAUAUGAAGUUUGCUUUCCUUUUGUAUAAAGAAUAUAACUUUAUUUGGGAUACACAAAUGCUUAAUGAAUUUCAUAAAAUGGAAAAUAAAAAAUUCUCAGUAGAUAUUUUCCCAGAAAAUUCUACUGACUACGCAAUUAUGGAAGAUAGUGUAGAAAAGUUAAUUCAAUUAACGGAAAACCGACAGGAUUUUAAGUAUUUAAAAAGCAUUUAUUAUCCUGAACGUGACGAAUAUUCGAUACCUGAAAUUUGUUGUUUUCAGGGUGCUGUUAAUUGUUUCAAACUUUUUUUAUCAAAAUCCAAGUUCAAAGUAACACAAAAUUGCAUAAAUUUUGCUUUUUUGAGUGGAAAUCCUGAUAUUCUAAACAUAUGCUUGAAAGAAAUGGAUAAGAGAAGUGAUGUUGAUUUAGAACCAUGCAUGAAAUAUGCCAUUAUUUCUCAUAACAUUGAUUUUGUUUCUUAUUUAGUGACAGAAGAAGAACUCGAUAUUGAUAUUGAUAUGUGUUUAAAAUACAAAAACCUUCAAGUAUUUUUAAUUUAUUUUGAUCAAAACAAUUCCAUUGAAAAAGUAAAUUUGAAUAAAAUCAGAGAAUGCACAAGCAUAACUCCAUUAUUUGGAAUACCAUCUUUAGUUGAAUAUUUCAUUUCUAAUGGAGGGAGUAUUGAUUCAAAAUACAAACAAAAUCGAAGUAUUCUUCAUUAUGCUAUAAUUAAUAAUUGGACUGAACUUGCAAAUAUUCUUAUUGCGGAAGGUGCAAAUGUUAAUACAAGAGACAAAGAAGAAUGCACUCCCUUACAUUAUGCAGCUGAAAAUGGGUGUACUGAAAUUAUAAAAUAUUUAAUUUCAAAAGGAGCAAAUGUAAAUGCUCAGGAUAAAAAUAAAAGAACUCCACUUCAUUUUGCUGCAAUGCAAAAAUCUAUUGAAACACUUAAAUUUCUAAUUGAAAAAGGUUCUGAUGUUAAUGCAAAAGAUGUUAAUGGAUUCACUCCAUUACUUUUAGCAAUAAAAAAUAAUAAUUUGGAAAUCACAAAAAUACUUCUACAGAAUAGAGCAAAUCCAAAUGAUAUUAAUAAUGAUGGACAAACAUCUCUUCAAAUAGCAGCAACCCACGGUGGAAGAGAGAUUAUUGAACUUCUUCUUUCUCAUGGAUGUAUUAUCAAUGAAAGGGAAUAUUUAAUUCAUUGUGCAGCAACAAAUAAUAUUUUUGGAACGUUAGAAUUUGUUAUUGGUCUUCAUAAUAAUGUUAAUAUAAGAAAUUCAGAUGAUAAAACUCCGCUCCAUAUUGCAGCAGAAAACGGUUCUAUAGAAAAUAUAAGAACACUUAUUUUUCAUGGUGCAGAUAUUGAUGUACAUGACAAGGAAGGAAACACUCCUCUUCAUCUGGCAGUAGGAAAUGAAAUGGUUGCAAAAUUUCUAAUUGAAAAUGGAGCAAAUAUAAAUUCUGUGAAUGAAAAAGGACAGACACCUAUAUUAUAUGCUGACUUCAACUACAAAAUUAAUUUUUUGAAAUACUAUAUAUCUAAAGGUGCUUAUGUUAAUCAAAAAGAUUUGAAAGGGAAAACACUUUUCCAUUAUGCUGCCGAAGGAAAAUAUCACGAAAUAAUAAGGACUCUUAUUUCACUAGGUGCUGACAUUAAUGCAAAAGAUAACGAUGGGAAUACUCCACUUCAUUGUAGUGUUAAAAAGUUGCAUGAGAAAACAACAGAUUUUCUUAUUUGUAAUUUUGCAGAUAUAAAUGCGAGGAAUAAUAAAGGACAAACGCCAUUGCAUAUUGCUUCUAUGUAUAAAAAUUAUCAACUUAUAGAAUUGCUGAAAUCACGCAAUGCGGAUGAGAGUAUAAUGGAUAAUAAUGGAAAAACUGCUGAUGAUUACAUCAUUAUAUACGAAGAUACUGAUUUGUCUGAUGCUAUGCGUGAAAAUGGCGAAUGUAGAAUUAACUGA